GAUGAAAUUGUGGAGACGGUAAAGUCAAAUCCAUCACUUUCAAAUCUUGAGAUUGUUGAAAAGCAUUUUGGACCACAACGUCAUGGUCAUGUAUUUGCUUACGGGGGUGGAGUUAAGAGAAAACACUUUAACGACUCCAAAGCAGCAUAUAUCAGUGAUCUGGAGGCAAAGCUCCGUAAGAAGGAUGAAGAAAAUAAUGAGCUUAUGAAUCGCAUAGAUAAAAUUGAAAACAGGUUAAGUCGAAUAGAAACUGGAGAAAGUGGAGCCUUGGAAGAACAAAUUUCUACUCCAGUUAAUGAUAUUCAGGUGCUUAGAAGCAUGCCGCUGAAGUUAGCUAGUGAA